AUGGGUUCUGCUACAAUGAAGGUUUAUGCUUAUAUUGUUGUGAUUUUAGCUCAUUUUGCUUUAGUUUCCUUCAUGGCUACCGCUACGACAGGAUCGAUAGACAUGUCAACUGCUAUUCUGAUAAGGGUUGAUCAAUCUGGUCAAGGAGAUUUUAAGAAAAUACAAGAUGCUAUUGAUUCUGUUCCAUCUAAAACCUCUGAAUUGGUUUUCAUUUGGGUUAAGCCUGGAACUUACAGAGAAAAGAUUGUUGUCCCCGCUGAUAAGCCCUUCAUAACAUUGAGUGGGACACAGCCUUCAAACACCAUAAUAACAUGGAAUGAUGGUGGAGACAUAAUGGAAUCUCCUACACUAACUGUAUUAGCCUCUGAUUUUGUUGGUCGAUAUCUCACUAUUGAGAAUACAUUUGGAAGUGGUGGAAAAGCUGUUGCGCUAAGAGUGUCAGGAGAUAGAGCUGCAUUCUAUGCUUGUAGGAUUCUUUCUUAUCAGGAUACUCUCCUUGACGACACUGGUUCACAUUAUUAUAGCAAUUGCUACAUUGAAGGAGCCACUGAUUUCAUAUGUGGAAAUGCUGCUUCACUCUUUGAAAGGUGUCGUUUGCAUUCAAUUUCCCCAAACAAUGGCUCUAUUACCGCUCAACAUAGGAGCUUGCCAUCUGAGAAUACUGGUUUUGUCUUCCUGGGGUGCAAAAUCACCGGCGUCGGAACUACAUUUCUAGGACGGCCAUGGGGUGCUUAUUCUAGAGUGUUGUAUGCCUUAACUUACAUGUCAGGUGUAAUAAAUCCAGCUGGAUGGGAUGAUUGGGUUGACCCAAGCAAGCACAGUACGGCGUUCUAUGCCGAAUACAAGUGUUAUGGUCCUGGGGCUGAUAGAUCUAAGAGGGUUGAAUGGUCAAAGAGCCUGUCCGAUGAUGAGGCUGCACCCUUGUUAACGAAAGACGUGAUCGGAGGGGAAGUUGGCUUAGGCGCCCUUCGCCAACCACCUUCAAACGAGGCUCUACCAUUAUUAAGCCUGGCAGCAAACUGUGACUUCAGAAAGUGA